UUACUUUUACAAUUCGCUAUUUUCAGCGCCAUCUCCCAAAUAUUUCCACCAUUGGGACGCGUGAAACUCCGGCAUAAAUAUUAUAUUUGGGGUUAUGAUGUUAUUUAAACAAUUGUAGAUUUUCACGUGAGAUCUACUGGUAUUGUUUUAUUUAUAUAAUCGAUUGUGUGUUCAUUAUAAAUUUGAUUUUUGCGGUAUGAUAGGAAUUUCUCGGUGAUAUUUUGGUGUGUGAAGUGAGAAAACAUGAAAUUAGUUAAACCGAAUUGGGUUACCCACGAUGAGUAUCCCAUAUUCUCAGUGGAUAUUCAUCCGGAUGGCAAGAGAUUUGCCACUGGAGGCCAAGGGGGAGAUUCUGGAAGGGUUGUCAUCUGGAACAUGGAGCCAAUAAGGAAUGAAGGUGCUGAGCUGGACCAGAACGUACCAAAGAUGCUGUGCCAGCUUGACAAUCAUAUCGCCUGUGUAAACUGCGUCCGAUGGAGUGCCAAUGGUCUCCUGGCAUCAGGAGGUGACGACAAGAUCAUAAUGAUCUGGAGACAAACAGGAAGUGGUGGUGGUAGUACAAUUUUCGGUGGUAAAGCUAGUGUUGAGAACUGGAAAUGCAUUGCAACACUGAGGUGUCAUGAGGGUGACGUUCUAGAUUUGGCAUGGGCACCCCACAGUCCCUGGUUGGCAUCAGCAUCGGUUGAUAACAGCGUGAUUGUCUGGGAUGCAUCAAAAUUUCCAGCAAUUGUUGCUAUAUUGAAAGGACACACUGGUCUCGUCAAGGGAAUCACCUGGGACCCAGUGGGAAAGUAUCUGGCAUCACAAUCAGAUGACAAAACCCUCAGGGUGUGGAGAACAACUGACUGGGGAGAGGCAACACUCAUUACUGAACCCUUUGAGGAUUGUGGUGGGACUACACACGUCUUGAGACUAUCCUGGAGUCCUGAUGGACAGUAUCUGGUGUCGGCUCAUGCUAUGAAUGGCGGAGGGCCAACUGCUCAGAUAAUUGAGAGAGAUGGAUGGACGCAGGAUAAGGAUUUUGUUGGGCACAGGAAAGCUGUGACCUGCGUGAGAUUUAAUGGAAAUAUACUGAAGAAGAAGCAGCCAGGUUCAUCGAAACCCCAGCAGUAUUGUUGUGUAGCUAUUGGAUCGCGUGAUCGAUCUCUCUCUGUGUGGCUAACGUCACUGAAGAGGCCCCUGAUUGUCAUCCACGAUUUGUUCACUCAUUCUGUUCUAGAUCUCAGCUGGUCACCCUGUGGUUUCAGGCUGGCUGCCUGCUCCUGGGAUGGAAGUGUAGCUUUCGUUGAGUUUACACAGCAGGAGCUGGGCCAGCCCCUCGAUCCAGCUGAACAGUGCUCCCUCCAUGAACGAUUGUAUGGUAAAUCCCUGUCCUCUCAGGGUGGUUGUACAGUCAUGGAGGCACCUCUCCUUCUCAACAUGAAACCACCAACAUCCAGUAUGUCACCAGUUGCUAAUGCGACUACAGCUCAACCUGUUGUCAAUGGAAUCAAUACACCUUCUACUGCACCCACAACUCCUGUCAAGGGACCCAUCAACAAGCAGAUCGAAACGAGAACGUCUGAUGGAAGGAGAAGAAUAACACCGAUGUUCAUACCACCACCAGCUGAUUCCAUGGACACAACGAUUCAGAAUGAAACUCCAACGUUUAAGAACAGUCCAACAUUCUCCAGUACUUCUCAAACGAAAUCAUCGAUUAUAAUUGAAAAACGAGACGAUGUUGUGGCGCCAAAUGUCACAACGACCUCCUCCUCAGUUCCCUCGGUGGCAGGACCGUCCUUGACUCUCAAAAAACGUGACCAGACGACCCCUAGACCCCAUCAUCAUCAUCACCACCACUCGUCCCAGAGUAAGAAGCCCAAACUCCUGGAGAGAGUGGGUGGAUAUGUUCUUCCAGCACUGAAACCCGUGAUAUCGAUGUCUCAGCAGGCAGCCCAUUACGCUGUCACAGUGACGAAUAAUCAGGGCUUGGCACACCUUCAAAUUUUUCGUGGAACUGACUCUGAACCCACGUGGGAUCUGUAUCUGGGAUACAGUGCAGUUGCUCUUACUGUAUCAGCAGCAGUGAUUGCCAUUGGUCUGGAGGAUGGGAGUGUACAUACAUUCGAUCCAUCGAAGGGCUGCAGGUCAGCUCCACCCCUAGCUCCACCAGCACCUCUCGCCCGAGUUCAUGCCGUUGGCAAUGCUGUUAUGGUGAUAUCCUGUUGUGGUGCUGUCAGGGUGUGGGAAAUUGGGAGUGCCUGUAAAUUAAUUGUAUCAACCUCUGCCAGUCAUCUCUGUGCCGCUGGUGCAUCUCUCAUAUCCUGCACCAUCUACAAUGGAAUGCCUCAUCUCGGAUUCACCAAUGCAAGAGCGUACGUCUAUAAUAAGGAGAUGGGCACUUGGCUACUGGUGGGUGACAGUCAGGAUCCUGUCUGGAGAUGGUCAGCUCAAAGUGCCUCCACUGUGUUCGGGGGUCGAGCACCUCGGGGACCUCUGUCUUCUCUUCAGGAGGGACUCAAUAAAACCGGAAGUGGUACCAUGCCAACACCACGACCUCCACACAAUGGACCCAGUGUUGUUUCUUAUCUCGAGCAACAAAUUCUUGCUGCUAAGGCACUGGGAAGUCUUCAGGAGUACAUUCACUGGUUCAUGGCGUUAAUUUCGUUUCUUCUCACUCAAGAUGGACUUGAAAAACGAUUGAGAAUAAUUUUAGAUGACUUGAUGGGUCCUAGUCAUAGUUCAGCUUCAAAGAGUACGUGGGACCCAAUGAUUCUUGGCACGAGAAAACACAAACUUCUCAGUGAUGCCCUGAAAAUCAUCGGUGGUCAUCUCAGAUGGCAGAGAUUAUACCUAGAGUACUCCGAACAAUUAGCAACGCUCAAGCCCCCAAAUUAGGCUCACAGGAUUAUUCUAUAUUAACUGGAAGUAAAACGAAAAUUCAACUAUUUUUUGCUACCAUUGUACCAUACAUUUUCUACAGAAAGGAAGGAACAUGAAAAAGACUGUACAAAUUUUUUUUUUCUUUUUUUUUUCAUUCCGUGUAAUAAUUAAAUUAUUGUAUAGCAUUUUGCUGUAAAAUAUGUAUGUUUUAUUUUUCGUCUUGAAAAGAAAUUAUGU